UCAUAUCAUACUUUGUUCUAACUUUAUCUUACACUGGCAGUCUCUGUUAGUGGAGAUUGGGUUUUAUCUGGAAAUCUUUGUAUCUAUGCCUGUGGUUGAAUAUGUGAGAUAGACAUAGAUUUCUUAUGACCUCAGUUUCGGUGAUGUGUUCUGUUGGAAUUAAGAGCUCAUGCAGGUGAUUGUAUCGUAGCGGUCCCACCCUGUUCAGAUACAGUGGUGACAAUGAUGGACGGUGUGUUCUGGUUUGACAGGUUAAGCAAGUUUCUUAUUUAAUGGCUCUUUCUGUCCUUCAGUAUAAAGCAGUGCUUUACUGUUCCCUAUCAGACUAAAUCAGCCAGCGGUGCUUCAGCGAAUCACUCAGCCAUGACUACUAAAGUGGUUAUCACUCCUCCCUCGAUGGUGCUGGAGUCCAGAGUGUCUGACGAGUGGGGGUCUGGAAUCUGUGACUGCUGUGAUGACGUACCUGAAUGUUGUUUUGCAUUCUGGUGCUGCCCUUGCUUUGCCUGCAUAAAGACAAAAGAAUAUGGACAGUGCUUAUGCCUCCCCCUGCUGGACAUAUGCGGUAUCGUCCCUGCAGCCACUCUAUCAAUGAGAGUCUCGAUGCGCCACCGCUAUGGCAUUAAGGGGACGAUCUGUAACGACUGUUUGAUUGCCACUUGCUGUACCUCCUGUGCUUGGUGUCAGAUGUCUCGAGAGAUGAACAAGCGGUCUAUUCCCAUUGCCCUCAUCAACGCAAGACCAACGUUGUAGCAACAUGGUGUUGAUUACGAAUUGAUGAGUCUAUAUGAGUCCAUGUUCUGUCAAAACAAAGUAUUAUUAUAGUAAUAUUAUAUACCACCUGAAGGAUUUUGAGUGUUUAUUACCUUGAUACUUGUUAUGCCUGAGUUUAGAUCAAAACAUUUUUAUUCUUAGUGAAUUUAUUGAUAUUGUUGAUUCUAAGGUUCUGUGAACUUCAUUGCAUUAUUCUGUGUAUUCUUUUAUUUAUAGAAAAUAUGUUGUAUUUAAAUAAAAAUAUAAAUGUUUGUCAAA